UCAAAAGUAAAAUAACAUUGUUUUUAUUUAUCUCUUCAAUAGUAAAUAAAAAAUGUUUAGACCAAUAGCAAGUUUAUUAAUAGAAAUUGAUUUAAUUAAAUUACUCGAAAAAAAUGGCUUUUUUUAUGUUGAAGAUAUUGAGAGUGCACCUGAUGCUGCAGCUAAAAUUGUUGAUCCAAAAAUAAUAAAAGAAUUAUUAAAACCUCCAGAAGCAUUAUUAGCAUUAAAGUAUUGGCAGACAGAAAUUGAGUGUGAACGUGUAAAAACAUUUAUUAAUAAAUUUGAUAAUUUGUUGAAUGGUGGAUUUCAAUGUGGAACAAUAAAUGAAAUUUGUGGACAACGAGGAUCAGGAAAAACACAAAUUUGUUUUCAGAUAUCACUGUCAGUUCAAUUGCCAAAAAAAUAUGGUGGUCUUGAGGGUAAAUCACUUUACAUUGACACUCGAAAUGGAUUUUCUACAAAACGUCUUCAAGAUAUGAUUAAAGGCUACAAUAAAUUACAUCCACAAUUAAAAUUGAAUGAGGAUCAAAUGCUUGAUAGAAUAUUAGUCAUGUCACCAGGAUCACCUGAAGAAUUAUGUUCAGAAUUAAAAAAUUUAAAUCAUAAUCUCGAGACAAGCUAUGGUUUACGACUUAUAAUUGUUGACAGUUUGACAUUUCCAAUAAUUUCAUCAGUUGGUGAACCAUUCCAGAGAAUCAAGUACUACACAAAUAUCAUUAAAGAUCUCCAGGCAAUUGCAAUGAAACACAAAAUUGCUGUUGUGAUGACAAGUGAAUUAUCAAAUCAAAUUGACAGUAAAGGAGAACAUUGUGUUGCCAGUAUUGCUGGAAUCACUGUGGCUCAUCGUGUUCACCGAAGACUCAUGCUAGCUCGAAUAAGAGACAAUAGAUUUGCAGCUAAAAUAAUUAAAUCAAAUGUUUUACCACAAACAAUAAUUCCAUUUGACGUAACAACUGAUGGUACAGUUUAAUGAUAAAUAAUGUGUUAAUUAUUCAUGUAUAUUUUUAAUAUUAAACAAUGACAAAAAAAGUGUCAGCAUAUAAACUUGAAAAAAAUAUUAAUGAUUUCUUUUUUUAAAUUAACAAUUUUCAAUAAGCAAUAUUUGCAAAUUCAAUUAUAUAUAUAUAUUUUAUUUAAAAUGCAAAUACGAGUAAAAAAAAUAUAUAUUGUGUAGAAAUAUUGUUCUUAAAAAUUCAUCAUAUAUUAUAAAUGUAUAUAUAUUUAAAAAAAAAACAUUAUUUUGAACAUGAAGCGAUACAUUUAAAAAUAGAUUAUUCUGGAAAAAGCUCGAGUUAAAAAAAAAAAACUGGCUUUCUGAUCUACAGAGCAGUGAUUAUAAAAA